CUGUCCGGGCAGGGUUGUGUGCCGACAGUGUCCGGAGUCGCUGUGGGCGGAACGCAGGACACCAGUCACCUCCAAGACGCGGGGUCUAUGGCACUGUUGGCGUAAUAUUGCUGUCUGCUCUCAAUACCCAUGCGAAUUAACCAAUCAGGAAACUUUUGCUCCCUAUAAUUACGUUUUGCCUUGCGUGAGCGCGAAGAGCUCUACUCUGCCCGUGAGUUACUGGAUGCGCCGGAGAGAUGUGGAGGUUUACAAACAUCAUAGCUUGCGCAGUCCUCGUGCUGUCCAAAGAUGUCAUCGCUCAAAACAAGAUCUUCGGGGAGACGGAGCCCGUGCGGAUGACGUCGGAGGGGUCGGACUGCCGCUGUAAGUGCAUCAUGCGGCCGCUGAGCCGCGACGCCUGCGCCCGGCUGCGCAGCGGAAGCGUGCGGGUGGAGGACUUCUACACGGUGGAGACGGUGAGCUCCGGCUCCGACUGCAGGUGCUCCUGCACCGCCCCGCCCUCCUCCCUCAACCCCUGCGAGAACGAGUGGAAGAUGGAGAAGCUGAAGAAGCAGGCCCCGGAGCUGCUGAAGCUCCAAUCUAUGGUGGACCUUCUGGAAGGGACGCUCUACAGCAUGGACCUCAUGAAGGUCCACUCCUACAUCAACAAGGUGGUCUCCCAGAUGAACAACCUGGAGGAGACCAUCAAGAUCAAUCUGACCCGAGAGAAUGACUUUGUGAGGGACAGUGUGGUCACCCUGACCAAUCAGCUGAAGCGCUAUGAGAACUACUCUGACAUCAUGAUGGGCAUAAAGAAGGAGAUCUCCAGCCUGGGCCUGCAGCUACUGCAGAAAGACGCCCCCGAGAAUAAAGCCCAGGAAACCGCUGAAGGGAAAGCCAAAGAUGCCACCAAGUACCCUGCCAAAAAGGCGGCAGGGUCCAAACCGCCCCCCAAGCCCCCCAAAGAGAAGGUGGCGAAGCCGAAGAAGGAGGCUCCGAAAGCAGCAAAGCCAGCAAAGCCAGACCCAACGGCCAAAGCCAAGGCGGCAGGACAUCAGCCUGGAGUAAUCAGGGGAAUCACCUACUACAAGGCAGCCAAAGUGGAGGACACAGAGCACAGCGCUGGCAGCAGAGAGAAUACGGCCAAAGCCCAAACAGCCCACGACAUCAGAGAGACUCAGUCUGAGGACACCAGUUCUGAGGUCGUCUUGGAAACCACGGAAGCCCCCACCACUCCAUCGACAACGACUACCACAACCCCAGCAACAACCACCACCAGCACCACAAUGUCCACCACCUCCUCUACCACCACCACCGCAGCCAGUCAUGAGAGACCAGCACCAACUAUAGUGUUAGUGCUGGAUAACUCCAACAACAGUAGCCGGGCCAUUCCUAACAAAUCAGUGAAAGACGUGGACUGCGAGGGGACCAUCGCCUCGGUGGAGCUCCCAGAAAAACAGCACAGCUACGGGCGCAAUGAGGGUGCCUGGAUGAAGGACCCCGUCGCCAAGGACUCCAAAAUCUACGUCACCAACUAUUACUAUGGCAACAACCUGGUGGAGUUCCGGAACCUGGAGAAUUUCAAGCAAGGACGGUGGAGCAACCUGUACAAGCUUCCGUACAACUGGAUAGGAACGGGUCACGUGGUAUACAACGGAGCCUUCUACUACAACCGCGCGUUCACCAAGAACAUCAUCAAGUACGACCUGAAGAUGCGCUACGUGGCGGCCUGGACCCUGCUGCACGACGUGGUCUAUGAGGACACCACGCCCUGGAAGUGGAGGGGCCACUCGGACAUCGACUUCGCCGUGGACGAGACGGGGCUCUGGGUCAUCUACCCGGCCGCCGACUAUGACUACUCCCAGCAGGAGGUGAUCGUCAUCAGCAAGCUGGACCCGGGCGACCUGUCGGUGAAGAAGGAGACCACCUGGAAGACGGGGCUGAAGCGCAACUCCUACGGCAACUGCUUCAUCGUCUGCGGCGUGCUCUACGCCAUCGACGUCUACAACCAGAAGGAGGGCGAGGUAUCCUAUGCCUACGACACCCACACCAACACGGAGGCUGCCCCUCGCCUGCCCUUCACCAACGAGUACGCCUUCACCACGCAGAUUGACUACAACCCCAAAGAGAAGGUGCUCUACGCCUGGGACAACGGGCACCAGCUCACCUAUAACAUCAACUUUGUAGGGCAGUGAGCCGGGACCGCAGUACCAAGCAGGGUCUUCAUGACCUGCACUGUCAGUUCCAUCCUAUCACCAAGCACUUUUUUUAUUUUUCCUAAUUGAUCUCCAGUUUUUUUUAAAAAGGCUUGUUGAUGCUACAUAUGUGUGGGGGGGUUUGUAACAUUUCAUUUUUUACACAGUACUGAAGAUCAAUAGCAAUGACUGCAACGUUUGUGAAAUGUUUGAAACAAACGCGUAAGAGUAUAACAGUGACACUUGUAAAAGACAUCAAUUCUGUGCACCUCCAUAAAAAUCAUGCUUUUUCUUUCAGAAACUUUUCUUAUAUUUCAGUUGUGGGGCCAGUUCAGUCAAACUACAUUGCUCGGCCAUAGCCAUAAUUUUUCAAGAAGAGCUCAUUUUUUAUAAAGAGAAACCUUAAAUUGUUCAAGAUUAGUGUAGCUUUGGCAAGACAUUUUUGGUUAGACUGCAUUUACCCCUGACCUCUAACAAAGGGACUGGAUGGAUAUUUUCAUGCAAAACUUGUCCAUAGUACUGUAAGUGGACAUAACUUUUCUCUCAGCUGUUUUUGUUAUUCUUUUUUGAAGUUUACAGCCAAAUUAUUAAUGAACUAUACUGUAAUGCCAAUAUGUUUUUUUUUCUGAGACAAAACAACCACCAAAAGAAGCAACCAAAUUAAUUCUUUAAUCAGAGGACUCUCAGAUCAGGUUAAUUGUUCUUUUAUACCUCCAUGUUAUACAUAUACUUGUAUUUUUGUG